CCAGUGACACAAUAGCAGCUCCCUCCAAGAUGGCGGCGGCGACGGCGGACCCGGGAGCUGGGAGCCCGCAGGCUGGAGAUUCCUCUGGCGGGGGCGCUGGGGGCGGGCUGCCGUCCCCAGGGGAGCAGGAGCUGAGUCGGCGCCUGCAGCGCCUGUACCCCGCGGUCAACCAGCACGAGACGCCGCUGCCGCGCUCCUGGAGCCCCAAGGACAAGUACAACUACAUCGGCCUCUCCCAGGGCAACCUCCGCGUCCACUACAAAGGUCAUGGCAAAAAUCACAAAGAUGCUGCCUCAGUGCGUGCCACCCACCCCAUACCUGCUGCCUGUGGCAUUUAUUACUUUGAGGUGAAGAUUGUCAGCAAAGGAAGAGAUGGGUACAUGGGAAUAGGACUCUCAGCUCAAGGCGUCAACAUGAACAGACUUCCUGGUUGGGAUAAACAUUCCUAUGGUUACCACGGCGAUGAUGGGCAUUCGUUCUGCUCCUCUGGGACUGGCCAGCCCUACGGUCCCACAUUCACCACAGGAGACGUGAUUGGCUGCUGUGUCAACCUCAUCAACAGCACCUGCUUCUACACCAAGAAUGGCCACAGCCUUGGUAUAGCCUUCACAGACCUCCCGGCCAACCUCUACCCCACCGUAGGCCUGCAGACACCUGGGGAGAUUGUGGACGCCAACUUUGGGCAGCAGCCCUUCCUGUUUGACAUUGAGGACUACAUGCGGGAGUGGCGUGCCAAGGUCCAAGGCACUGUCCAUUGCUUCCCCAUCAGUGCCCGGCUUGGAGAGUGGCAGGCAGUGCUGCAGAACAUGGUCUCAUCUUACCUGGUGCAUCAUGGGUAUUGUGCCACGGCCACAGCUUUUGCCCGAAUGACUGAAACCCCGAUUCAGGAAGAACAAGCAUCCAUAAAGAACAGACAAAAGAUCCAGAAGCUGGUGCUGGAGGGCCGUGUGGGUGAGGCCAUUGAGACCACACAACGCUUCUAUCCAGGACUGCUGGAGCAUAACCCUAACCUGCUCUUCAUGCUCAAGUGCCGACAAUUUGUGGAGAUGGUGAAUGGGACUGACAGUGAGGUCCGCAGCUUGAGCUCCCGAAGCCCCAAGUCCCAGGACAGCUACCCUGGCUCCCCCAGCCUCAGCCCCCGACACGGCCCUAGUAGUUCCCACAUGCACAACACAGGAGCAGACAGUCCCAGCUGCAGCAAUGGCAUCGCAUCCACGAAGAGCAAACAGAACCACAGUAAAUACCCUGCACCCAGCUCCUCCUCCUCCUCCUCAUCCUCCUCGUCCUCCUCAUCCCCAUCCUCCGUCAAUUACUCCGAGUCCAACUCAACAGAUUCCACCAAGUCCCAGCCCCACAGCAGCACCAGUAACCAGGAGACCAGUGACAGUGAGAUGGAGAUGGAAGCAGAGCAUUACCCCAAUGGUGUGCUGGAGAGUGUGUCCACACACAUUGUCAAUGGCGCCUACAAGCAUGAGGACCUGCAGACAGAUGAGUCCAGCAUGGAUGAUGGGCAUCCUCGGCGGCAGCUCUGUGGGGGCAACCAGGCUGCCACAGAAAGGAUUAUCCUGUUUGGUCGCGAGUUGCAAGCACUGAGUGAGCAGCUGGGCCGGGAGUAUGGCAAGAAUUUGGCCCACACGGAGAUGCUGCAGGAUGCAUUUAGCCUGCUGGCAUACUCAGAUCCCUGGAGCUGCCCAGUUGGCCAGCAGCUUGACCCCAUCCAGAGGGAGCCUGUGUGUGCUGCCCUCAACAGCGCCAUUUUAGAGUCUCAGAACCUGCCAAAGCAGCCCCCUCUGAUGCUCGCCCUGGGUCAGGCAUCUGAAUGUCUACGGCUCAUGGCCAGAGCGGGCCUGGGAUCUUGCUCCUUUGCCAGAGUCGACGACUACUUGCACUAGCUGACCACGCUGGCUGGCCCCACCUGGCCCUUCCUCAGCCCCAGGGCUGGAGCAGCCCUGCCCUCCAUAGGCAUCUGGCGCAGGGACCUGGAAGCCAUGGGCAGAGUCCAUUCCUCCUGCCUGGCCUCCCCAACUCUGUUUUCUUUUCUUUUCUUUUCUUUUCUUUUCUUUUCUUUUCUUUUCUUUUCUUUUCUUUUCUUUUCUUUUCUUUUCUU